UUGAGAGUCACUGGCGUGUCUGAAGGCUGAUGCCUGCCUGCCUUUUUCCUGGAUCAAGCCCAUUUAAAUCAGACUGGUUCCGCUUGUGAGAGUCACCACGCAAGAUGUUUCCUUGACUAAGAUCGGUUCCAGGCACGGGAGCAGUGCCGGAGGCAGGCGCCUGCGGCUAAUCUUGCUUUCAGGAGAGCCAGCGAGGAGGAACAGUGCUCAUUAUUCCCUUAGAGUGAGCCUGAGCUCACCCGCGUUGUUUGUGCAAUGCACUGCAAUGAGCCUCACCCCUCCUUUACUACGCGGCGCUGGCUGGAGUACCUGCUGGUCUCCCAACGUCACGAGGCUUCGCUUAUAAAGCACAGGCAGUAGAUCUUCCCCCUGCUCUGUCUCUCCAAGAGGCGCAUCUUUGAGAAGCAAGCUCUACGCAGGCAGAAAGAUGUUUUAUUCAGGUAUUCUGACAGAGCCGAGUAGAAAAGAAGUGGAGAUAAGGGAAGCUGCAUCUCUCCGCCAGCAGAGGAGGAUGAAGCAGGCGGUUCAGUUUAUUCACAAGGAUUCUGCAGAUCUCCUUCCUCUGGAUGGGCUGAAGAAACUGGGGACUUCGAAAGAUACUCAACCACACAAUAUCCUGCAGAGACGCUUAAUGGAGACAAAUUUAUCAAAGCUGCGAAGCAGCCGGGGCAGCUGGUCUCCGAAGAGUGACAUCUCAGCACAGACCAAUAAGCUGAAUCAAACCAAACUGGGCAGCUCAAGGAAAGUGGAGGAUGAGGAGCUCAUAGUGGUGAGCUGCCAGUGCGCCGGGAAGGAGCUGAAGGCCGUGGUGGACACCGGCUCGCAGCACAACCUGAUGUCGUCCGCCUGCUUGGACAGGCUGGGGUUAAAGGAACACCUUGAAGCACUUCCCAGUGAGGAGGAGACAAUUUCAUUACCACACAACGAGAGGGUCAUCGGCCAAAUUGACCAUCUGGUCCUGACAGUGGGAGCGGUCCGCGUGGAGUGCGCUGCGCUCGUCGUGGAAGACAAUGAGAAAUCCUUCUCCUUUGGCCUGCAGACUCUGAAAUCCCUGAAGUGUGUCAUAAACAUGGAGAAGCACCAUCUUGUUCUGGGGAAGACGGACAGGGAAGAAAUCCCAUUCGUGGACAGCAUCGGCGCUGGGAUGGGAGAGCACACUUCGGAGGCAUAAAGAGAAACUGAAAUGCUGUCCCUACACAAGAGCUUGACAUCAAAGAAAUUCUGUGCAGCUGUUCGAGAUGAAACAGCAACGCACUGCUUUGAAAACAUUUAUACUAGGCUACGGCUUAAGUAUAGCUAAAUGAAAUCUGUUCAGUAGCCAGUAACUUAGAGAUAUUGUCAUGUUUAUCUAUGGGUUUUGAGAAACAAACGUGUGCUUAUUUUCUGGACUUUUCUAUAUAGUGUUCUCUUUAUUACGAACAGUUGGGAAAACCUUAUGAAUUUCUUCUGAUGAGAAAAAUAAUUUUUAUAGUGGCCUCAUAAGAGUAAUUGUAUUUAGCUGUGAUUAGAGGCUAUCAGAAUGAAAUUUUUAUUAAUGAUUUUUCCAGAAGCUAAGCAUUUAUAUGCACUUAAUUGAUAUUGCCACAUUAAAAUGGCCAUUACCAGGAAGUUACUCAGAGUAAAAUAACAACACUAA